AUGAACAACGUCAAUAUGGCCAAUAUGCCCAUGGCUGGCGGGCCUAUGGCCAUGAUGGGAAACAAUGCCCUUGCCGCUGGUCAAGUUCAACGCCCUCCAGAGAACAACCGUGCAAAUUUAAACACUUACAUCUAUGAUUAUUUCCUUCGAGAAGGCAUGUAUGAAUGUGCGCGCGCGAUGCUUCAGAGCGAACAGGCAAUAAAUGUUCACAAAGGCCGCCCUCGCAAUGAGAAUAACAAUACUCUUGGAAACGGCCUUGGAGAUGAUCCGAUGGAUACUGACAGCAAGGAUGAUUUGGAUUCGAAACGGCCAAACGACCUCCCAGCCCCGAACGUUCCCAAUGGGUCUGACAGUUGCUUUCUCUACGAAUGGUUUUGUCUCUUCUGGGACAUGUUAUCGGCCCAGCGCAACAAGGGCGGCGUUAGUCCCCAUGUGAGUCAAUACGUCGCUCACACACAGCAGCAGUCUCGGUUAAGACAGACGCAACAGCAGGAAAUGUUACGGCAAAUGCGACCUGAGAUGUACAAUUCAAUGAUGCCGCGCAUGGCAAAUGGGAUGCCGAUGGCCAAUAAGCACAACCUGGCCAGGACCGCAAUGGCCAACAAUCAAAAUAAUCCGCAAAUGAUGCUUCAAGCCGCUGCUAAGCAGGGCCAGAUGCAACGGGACGGGUCCAACAUGGAUGGCAGCCAAAACCGCCCUGCCUCGCCGGGCUCUGCCGAAAACGCGCCAUCGCCUAGCAAAAGGGCCCGAAUAGAGGGAUCAAGCCCGUUUAACGCGCAUAACGCGAACAUGAUGAAUGGUCAACGGCCUCAGCAAGGAAUGCCAGGACAGCAAGUAGGCGAUACCAAAGCUGCCAUAGCUCAGCAAAUGCUCUCAUCAAACGGCAUCCCUCGCGCUAAUCUUACUCCUCAACAGUUUCGAGACUUUCAAGCACAAACUGCCCAGACACAGGCCAAAUCUAUUCAGACAUAUUCUCAAAAUCUUCAGCAACACCACGGCCAACAGAUGCCGAAUAAACAGGUUCCCAAUCCUGGUGGCCCUCAGAACCAAGGUUCACCUAUGAUAGCGCAAGGCCCGGAGAACGCGGCGGCUCUUGGUGCGUUCUACCCAGAGAUGGCUCCCGGAGGUAUGCGACCAGGACCCGGCGCAACUCAAGGCGGCGGGAGCAAUCAUGCCUUGCAGGACUAUCAGAUGCAACUGAUGCUACUUGAGCAACAGAAUAAAAAGAGACUUAUGAUGGCUAGGCAAGAACAAGACAGUAUGGGCGGCAUGCCUCGUGAUGGCGCUGGACCCAAUGGUCCAGGUGGACCACCAGGCCCGAAUGGGCAACCCUUCCAAGAUACCUCGCCUCAGGGAGUCCGACCCGGUGCUUCCCCUAAUCCCAGUGAACAGAUGAAGCGUGGAACUCCUCAGAUGAACGCCGCUGGUAUUCCCUCUCCUCUUCCUGAAGGAGCUCAGUCAAGAGGCUCUCCGAAUGGCAUGAACUUUAUACCAAAUGGCAUGGAUCCGAAUAUGCAACAGAACUUCUUCAAAGGGAUGAAUGGUAUAGAUGGCAAUAUGGUAGCAGCGCAGAUGAAUGGAGGCAUGCGCCCCCCCAGCUCACAUCCAGGUCAACCAUUCAAUGGCCAAAUGAAUCCUCAGAUGAUGGCAAGACAACAGGGAGGGCCUCAACAAAUGCAGUGGCCAGGUCCCAAUGGCAAUGGUAUGGCGCCUCAGGGUCCUCAAGGUCCACAGGGGCCACAAGGGCCACAGGCGCAGGUCCAAGGAGCGCCACAGAGAGCGAUGCCACCACCAUCAGCUCCAGCCCCUCCUGCUAAUGGAAAUGGUCGGACAAACACAUCAUCACCACAAGUUAGCACUGCUGCUCCACCUACACCGCAGCAGGGUACCAAGGCACUCAAGAAAAAGGAUCCUAAGAACGCGAACAAAAAGGGCGCUGCUCAAAAGAACAAAGCACCAGCGGCUGGUGCCACACCUGCUCCUGAAGCCAAUCAAGACCCAGAACCCCCAACUCCGGCUACUCCUAUUACCCCCAGCAAUCCUGCAGCAAACUUCAAGUCUGGCCAGAAUGCUGGAACUGUACCGCCAACUGCGAAUGUACCAGCUUCAGCACCACAGGCUGCACCUGCCCCUGUGGCAGCUCCUCCAGUCGAGCAAAUGAACUUUACGGGCAUGGAACCCAAUAAUGCCAUAUUCACCAACAUACCGGAAUUCAGCGAAAUUUCGUCCGCCGAUGUCCUACAGGAUUUUGAUUUUGACUCUUUUCUACAUGACAAUGAUGCUGACGGUGGGGCUUUUGACUUUGGCCAAGCUACAUUCGGGAUGGAAGCGCCUGGGGAGAUCGGCGCUGAGUAG